AGCCAAGACAUAAACUCCCAAAAAAACAAAACCAGUCCGGUUUCUAGUUUCAGCUUAGCUUUAAGUUGUCAAAGCAUAUCUUCUAUUUCUAUUUCCAUUUCACUUCCCUUCUCUGUUCUCCCUCUCUCUCUCUCUCUCUCCUCCCAUGAGAUGUGUCUUCCUUUUCCAAAGGGAGCUUGUAUUGUACUAUUGUUCCUGUCUUGCUCUCAGGAAGAACUGCCCCAUUCCCAUUCCCUUUGCUUGAUGCUUGUCUAGUUUUCUGCUUUGUUUUUCUUUCUUUUUUCUUAGAUGGAUCUUGGGGUAGUGGGUUUGGAUGGGUUGGUGGGUUCAGAAACAGGAUUUGUUUCUCUUGCUUCAGAUCCUGAGGCAAAGCACAAGUGGUACGGAUCUGGGUUCCUUAAGCAAGAGAGAUCUGCCACAACUGAAGAUGAUGACUUGAGAAGCUCCAAACUUGCCAAGACUAAUAAUGAUGACAAAGCAAUGCAGCAGUUUCAGUUGCAGCAGCAGAACAAGAACUCUUCUUCAUCAUCACUGAGAUCUAAUGCUACUUUGUUUUCUGAUGGCCAUCACCAGCAACACAUGCUGAGCUUCUCUUCUCCAAAGCUUGAAACUUAUUCACUAGACAAGAACAACCCAAAUGCCACAUUGUCUUAUUCUUAUCACCCUUUGUCUAGUUACAGCAGAAACACAGGUUACAGUUCAGGAAGCAUGCAUGGGGCUUUUGCUGGUACCAGAGGACCAUUCACUCCAUCUCAAUGGAUGGAGCUUGAACACCAAGCCUUGAUCUACAAGUACAUCACAGCAAAUGUCCCUGUACCUUCACAUCUUCUCAUCCCCAUCAAAAAAGCACUUGAGUCUGCUGGCUUUUGCAAUUUCUCUACUGGAAUCCUCAGACCCAAUGCAUUGGCAUGGGGAGGUUUCCAUCUGGGAUUCUCCAACAACACUGAUCCUGAGCCAGGAAGGUGUAGGAGGACAGAUGGGAAGAAAUGGCGGUGCUCGAGAGAUGCCGUUGUCGAUCAGAAGUACUGCGAGCGGCACAUGAACAGAGGACGCCAUCGUUCAAGAAAGCCUGUGGAAGGCCAAUCAGGCCAUGCCGUUACUGCCACCACCACUACAACCACCAAUGCGAAUGCUGCUACUCCAAAUGGUUUGAAACUCAAUGCUUCCUCCAUUGUGGUGCCCGGCAACAGUGCUUGCAACAACCUUACCUUUGCAAACCAGGAGCACAAGAAUAUGCAGAACCCUCUUUCUGCAGAUAACACUUCAGCCUCCAACACCAUCAACAGGAUGUUCAUGAAUUGCAAAGAGAAUGAUAAGGCUAGUGAGAGGAUGCAGGAUGGCCCUGUCCUUCCAAUGCUACCUCCUACCCUUGAGCUGAAACCGAAGGAAAACAACAAUCCCUUCAUGAUUCAAAAACCUGAUUUUCCUUAUGAGGAACCCUCAAGGAACAGUGAGUUUGGUUUUGUCACUUCUGAUUCCUUGCUUAACCCUUCACAGAAAAGCUCCCCCACAACCACAACCUUGCUUAGUAGCAGAACCUCUGCAGAUUCUUCACAACAGAACACUGGUUCCCAACAUCCCCUCAGGCAUUUCAUUGAUGACUGUCCUAAAUCACAAUCUGAUCAUCAUCAUCAUCAACAACAUCAUCAUCGUUCUGGUGUUUCGUGGACAGAGCUUGAUCACAUGCAGUCAGAUAGGACUCAGCUUUCAAUUUCCACUCCAAUAACCUCCUCAGAUCACUUCUUGUCAUUCAAUUCCUCACCCUCCAAUGAGAAGCUCACACUCUCACCUUUAAGGCUAUCAAGGGAGUUAGACCCAAUUCAAAUGGGUUUGGGUGUUGGAAGUGCUGCUAUCAAUGAAUCAAAUAACACUACUACUACUAGGCAAGCAACUAAUUGGAUCCCAAUUACAUGGGAAAGUUCAAUGGGGGGUCCUCUUGGAGAGGUUCUGCAUCUUAGUACUAACAACAAUGUAAGUGAUCACUGUGACAAAAACUCUUCUGAUCUCAACCUCAUGACUGAUGGGUGGGACAAUAGUCCUCCAAUAGGGUCAUCUCCUACUGGGGUCCUUCAAAAGACAGCAUUUGGAUCACUCUCUAAUAGUAGUGCUGGGAGCAGUCCAAGAGCAGAGAACAACAAGACUCAAGAAGGGGCCAGCUUGUGCAAUGAUCUCCUUGGAUAAAAGAACCUUCUAACAAAAAUAUCCAUAUAUAGGAGAAGAAGGGCUUGCUGUUGAACUAUGUGAAAAGUCUUGGAAGGAAAGAAAAGAACUUUGUUUGACUUUAGUUGUUUAUUAGUUCAGUUUAUAUAUAAUAUAUUAUAGUUCUGCGUUUGAAGAGGGGUGAGCCUGAGCUUUGGUUUACGGUAAGAUUGCUCCUAUGUGACUUUGCGGUCACAGGUUCGAGUUCGAGCCGAGAAAUCAACCUCUUGUAAAAAAAUGCAAGGUAAGACUUCUUACAUUAGAUUUACAAAGUGGGUAUGGUCCCUCCCUGGACCUCUUGUAGUACUAGGUUUGCCCUUUUCUUUUUUAGUAGGUUCUGCAUUUGCUUGAAUUUGUUUCUGUUGUCUUGUGAGAGAGUUUUGGCAAAGUUGUAUUCAGUGACUGAUGUUGGUUGGAGUGUGGACAUGGUUUUUAAGAUGGUCCAAGUGGGGACUCUGAUUGCAUUAAGUUACCGUUUGAUAUUUAGUAAUUGAGAGUUUCUGAUUUUAUGCUA